AUGCCCACUAAUGAUGAUGCUCUGGUUGAAAGGAAGUGUGAUACUCUAAACAUUAUAUUGGAAGAGAAGUGUGCAAAAGGAGACAGUUUUGAUAUACACCAUUUGUACGGCCAGUUCACUUUGGAGACUAUGCUUGCUGUAGCUUUCGGUUCUGAAGUGAAUUUACUGAAAGGAGAAGGAAGCUUACUGACAGAGGCAGUCGCUGGAUUAUUUGAUGAUUUGAGUGAAUCUAUCAUUACCUGGGAGGAAGUAUUUCACUCUCAUUUUCCAAGUCUGUUGACGUUUGUCAGUAAAAUUGGUGCUAGAUUCUUGCCACUAAGCAGGCACUUAAAAUACUUGAACGAUACCUCAAUAGAAAUCAUUAAAUCAAGACGAGAACAGAAUGAUGACGAAAAGUGCAAGGAUUUCCUUCGGUUAUUAAUGGAUGCUUCUGCCACUGAUGAUGAUGAGGAUAAAACUAAUUCUAGUCAAAAGAAGAUGGCACUCACUGACCAGCAGAUUGCUGGACUCUGCCUUGACUUUUUUGUUGCUGGUCAAGAAACAACUGCUAAUGCUCUUGCCUACUCUUCAUAUCUACUGUCACUCAAUCCUGAUGAACAAGAAAGGCUAUGUGAAGCUAUUGAUAACUACUAUCAGGAAAAUGAAGAUGCUUCAUUGUAUGAUGCUUCACAGAAUAUUCCUUAUCUUGAUUGGGUCAUUCAGGAGGCACUACGCAUGUACCCACCUGCACCUUUGACAAAGAGACAGUGUAAUAAAACCUGUACAAUCAAUGGCAUUACUUUUCCUAAAGGAUCCCUUGUAAUUUUUCCAAUUCAGUAUCUUCACUGCUCACCUGACAACUGGGAUGAACCUGAAGUAUUUAAUCCCAACAGGUUUAGUCCAGAAGGCAAGGAGGGUAGGAAUCCUUUGUCUCAUAUUCCAUUUGGUUGGGGACCAAGGAGUUGUAUUGGUAUGAGGUUUGCACUAAUGGAGGCUAAAGCAUGUUUAGUGAGUAUAUUGAGGAAGUAUAGGUUUGAAAGAUCACCUGAUACUCAGGUGCCAUUGCAGCUAAAAUUUAGCCUCACACAAUCUCCAAAGAAUGGGAUAUUUUUGAAACUUAUCAAAGUUUAGAAGAGCUACAUCCUAUCCCAUACAAUCAUAAGAAAUUGCUUUUUAACAUUCCUUUUUGCUGCAAACAAUAAUUAAUUUGAUCUAAAAGAUUAUAAGAAAUGUGACAAUAGUAGCAUUGGUUAAGAAUAGUUAAAAAUAA